AUGGCGGGAUCGACGCCCGUCAGCGUCCUCUACGACUAUGUCCCCACGGAGCCGGACGAGCUCGAGCUGCGCGCCGGCGACACGCUCCAAGUGCUCGCGUACCUCGACGACGGCUGGUGCCAGGGUUACAUCGAUGGCGCGCCCGACGACGUCGGCCUUUUCCCGUCCAACUAUGUGCGCAAGAUCGAGCACGCCAAGCUCAACUCGCACCUGCCGCCGUUCCGAAGCAACCAGGCCGACGUACUGGACCGCGUCCGUGCACUGCACGACUACACACCCCAAGAGGCGGACGAGCUCGAAUUGCACGCAGGCGAUAUUGUCGUUGUGACCAAAGAGCAAGACGAUGGGUGGUGCCUUGGGUACGUGGCCGGAAGCCCCAGCGUCGAAGGCCUCUUUCCAGCCAACUAUGUGGCGCCCAUUGAGACUACCAACGGCAGCAGCAACAGCAAAAGCAAAAGCAGCAACAACAAAAGCAGCGACGAGACAUCGCCGCCCGUACUCGAAGACAAAGCAGACGACGAAGAAGACCCAUACUAUAUGCGCAACCGGCGACUGAAAGAGGUCGCCAAGCCGGUGGACGAGCCGGCGCUCGACGAGCCGCCGGCUGUUGUCGCGAGCGAGGCAUCGGCGUCGGAUGGAUACUACGACGCCAGAGGCUUUUACAUCACGGCAGUGGGGUACUACGACACGCAAGGCACAUUUUUCCCGUCGUCGACGCCGGCGUCAACCACAGAAACAACCAAGGACGACGCGGUCAGUGGCGCCGCGGCUGGCUACUACGACGAGUACGGCAACUACAUUGUCGACGGCGGCUAUUACGACACGGAAGGUCUCUUUCACGCGACUGCAACCGCCGUCGUUGGCGCACUCGACGGAACAGAAACCAAUGACAUCGCGCCGGAAACGAACGUCGUCAUUGCCUCCGAAGCCGACGACGGUGCGAUCAUGCUUGACGCGUCAACAGUGGUCGCAGGCGAGCCAAGCGACAACCCUGUCCACGAUGGCACGACUGCGACCACGGACAGGGACGCCGACGCGCUCCAUCGACAGCCCACCUCCAUGGAUCUACCAACAGUCGCAGAGAGGAGUGGUGACGCUAUGGUGGACGACAACGAAGACGAUGGAAGUGUGCUCGGCGCCAAGCGUCAGUCGGUACUGCAGCUCAAACGAGCUCUGGAAAAGGCCAAGCGGGCAAGCGAGCGCGCCGAGCAAGCGCGCCUGCAGGCCGAGCGAGACAUGGAGCUGGAGCUCGAGGCCCGACGGAAGGCGCUCCAGCGUCAGCUCGACGAAGAACAGGCCGCGAAAGCCAUUGAAGCAUCACUGCACGCCCAAAUGCACAUGGAGCUGCAGAGCACGCAAGAAGCGCAUGCCGCGUGCACAAUCCAGCGGUCACUGCGCCAUCAUACGUUUCGGCAGCGCCACGCAGCACACGUGCGAGACAAGCAGCACAAGCAAGCGGCGCUUCAACGCCAACAAGAGGCGUAUUUCGAAGAGCAAGCGCGACAGCGCGAAGCACAACAAGAGGCUGCGGCACGCAUUUUGCAGCGAUCGCUACGCCACCGCGUCUUUAGGCGCCGGGCACAGCAGUCGCACGCCAAGUGGCAACAGGCCCAGGCCAAGAAGCUACAGAGCAGCGCCAAGCCGCGCCGGUACCACUCUAAAGUACACGUGACGGCCGCCAACCGUAUUCAACGCGCGACACGCGACUACUUGGCGUGCAAAGAGGCCAAGGCCACGGCCAACGAGCUCCGGACGCGACGACGGGCAAAGCCGCCGGCCCACGCCAAGGCGCGGGUCAUCCGACCGCAAAAUGACAGUCUCACAUCCAGUGCCAGCUCGCACAGCCUCUUGUACGCAUCGCGGAAUCCUUCGUCGUCGGAGCUUCCGGUGCUGGUGCCACUCUUCGCAACCGAUGUGACGCAGAUCUCGCAGCUCGCAACGUUGAUUGCCAACUCGGUCAAUAUUGAGCUCGCGCGACGACUCUCGGAGCACGAUGCGCACCUCGCCGACCUCACGGCGUCCAUGCACACGCUGCAGCACGUCAUUGAAAAGCACAACGCUGCGCUCGGCAAGGUCUACGACCAAAACGACCGCCUGCAAUAUACGCUAGACGCGAGCCCGCUUCGAAAGCGACAGGUGACCAAGGUAGCCCCGAUACCGCCCAGCGCGAGCUCGCCCGGCGCGCUCAAGCCGUUGCCUCCGUCGCCAAAGCAUCUUGUUGCCAAGCAGCACCGGCACCCGUCGCCACUGAAGCCUGGUCCCCCAUCCCCGCCGAAACUUUACCUUUCGUCGCCGCCAAAAGCUCGUGGUCCGUCGCCACCAAAAGCUCGUGGUCCGUCCCCGCCGAAAUCGAACGCCAAGCUGCCGCUUCGGUCGCCCCAGCACCACACGACUGCCGUCGUCAAGCCGUCGCCACCGUCACCUCGGCAGUUGCACAAGCCGGUCGCUCCGUCGCCGACACAGCGAGCCCCAAUGGCGCCGUCACCUAAGCUCGUGCAGCCAAGCCCAACCAAGACCCGACUGCCGCAACUGCGCGGCGUCAAGCCCGUCCAAGGACUCUACUACAAAAAAGCCAAAGCGGCGACCAGUGGUGGCAAGAGCCCACCGCGCUUGCGACCACCUCAAGGCUUUAGCUCCAAGCUCAGAGAGCCGCCGCGAUAG